AUGCCUAAAAAAUGGACCACCGACGAGCAAGGGGAAUUCUUCAACUCCCAUAUGGCAGAAUUUCGCCUGUGUACUGCAGAAAAAAAAUACGAGGAGUUCUUUAAAAAGGUUAAUAAACUAUUUUUUGAAAGAUGGCCAGAGCGAAAGGCUCUCUUCGGCGACUUACUAAAUGAUGAGUCCCUAACGCCAGACCAAGCCGAGGUCUUGAAAAAUGUGUUGGAGGUUCGUAAAAAGCAAAUUGCCACAUGGUAUCGGUGGCAAACAAAUCCUGCACAUCUGGGCCGCACAAGUGGUGUCAAAGGAGUGCUGAAGUUCGAUGCCGUGUUAUCUGGUGGUGUAGAACUUAAGGGGACCCGUGCACCACAAAAAGUGGAUAUAUACUCACACAAAUACUACGAGGCGAAGGUCAAAGGGAUGGCAGACACCGAAAUCCAACGCGAGAACAUGACCAAUCGAGGGCCGAAGCUGAACAAACGCUGUGAGGUCACGCGUCGCAUGUUCUUGGAAGAAAGUGAAGAGGUCAAGGAAAAGAUUGAGAGGAAGUAUCGAAAGGCAAGGUCAAGAUAUAUGAAAGCACGCCAACACCAGAAGUCUGGGAAGUUAUCAAAGAUUGACGAAGCAGCAAAGAUCAAAGCCAUUCGUGAGCUCGGCCCAAUGCUUGAUCGCAUCUUCAAAUACCUUGCAUAUGCCACUGGUGGGUGGAAAUUUUCGGUUCUGAUGGGGGGAAAUGAUCCCAGCACGGGAGAAGUAUCUGUGUUUAAUUAUCAUCUUGGGGAACUCGAAAGCGGAGCACAGUUUGAUCAGCAAUACUCGAACUUUGAUGUGAUGCAGGGUGCAUUUCUAGCCUUUGUCAAGGAUGCUCUGGCAUUUGAGGCAACACUACCCCAAGACUCACACAGCGACUCGGAAAGUGAGGAAGAUGAUGAUACAUCGUCAGAGUCGUUGGAUGAUGACUUGGAUGGGGAGUGGACAGAGAGUAGUGCUGGUGUGGAUGGGGAACAGGAGGAUCUUAUACUAAACGGUGCCAGAUCUGGGAGUCGACUUAAUACCGCGGGUUUGUAUCGGAUGACUCCUCAGUCUGAGUCAUCCGCCGAAAUUGAAGUGGGCGCAGCGCUAACAUCAAGUGAUGCAUUACUUGGUGCAUUACACGUGAAUGCAUCAGGUCCUCAGGCCAGCGACUCUACUUCAUUGGACUAUGAUUUGAGUGAUGCCACCCUCGCCACUGAUCUUCAGUCCCCCCAUUCACACAGUACUUCAUUGGACUCUAAUUUGGAUGAUGCCGACCCCGCCGCAUUCGAUCACAAUGCAUUCAACGCCAUGAUGAAUGAUCCAAAUUUCAUCCUCAACGCUCUAGAAACAUUUCCCGGCCUUAUUGCUCCCCCACUUGGCAGCCAAGCACUUCCUGUACACAAUGAACCUGACGCCGGCUGUCGUGUGCCACCUGUGCGAUAUCCGGAAGUUUUACUGCCUCCGGUUCCUCAUGCGGAUCUUGGAGAUACUGGGCCAGCUACCAACGAGGAAGUACAGACUCAACCUGCAAAUAAAACUCGUAGGCGCACGCGACAUCUCGCAGCAUAUGGUCCCUCAUCGCCGACCAGUGAAACUCAGUCAGCCACAGUGCCCCUUCGCCGAGCUCGUAAACCCUUCAAUCCAAGGGAACGCGACAAUGACAUUGGUGCGCCAGCAAAGAGACCUCGACGUGCCUGA